UACAUAAUUGCAUUUUGUAUAAUUAGUCAAAGCAAGAGGCCAGUGAUAUUACAUCCUGUUUCUGUUAUUCUUCAAAACAAACAUGCACACCACGUUCUUCCAACCAUUCACUUAAACUAAGAAUUAAACACCAAAACAUCCUCUCCACAAUUAUCCAUCAACAAAACACUUUGCCUCUAUCCCUUUCUCUCUGUGCCUGCACAAACACAACCUUUUUCUUCAAAAAUUUUCAUUCUUUUUCACCUCAUAAACAAACCCCAUUUCAUUAACUUUCUUGUUAUAAGUACCAUUUUUAUAGAAUGUGUUAAUCAUGAUUCUUGAAACGAACAAUAAUUCAAUGGCUGGAUUCAAGUCACGUUUGGCUAACGAUUCAACGGUCACUAGCCCUCGUUCAGCCCUGGCUCCGCCACUGGCAUUUACCACAUACUGAGUCUUUUGGUCCUAUUUAGAUAUGGAGUUGAUGAAGGAAAAGUUUUCAAAGUUGCUCCUUGGUGAGGAUAUGUCUGGUGGAGGGAAGGGUGUCUCGUCUGCGCUGGCUUUGUCAAAUGCAAUCACAAAUCUAGCAGCUUCUGUUUUCGGAGAGAUGAAAAGAUUAGAGCCAAUGCCAGCUGAGAGAAAAGCAAAAUGGAGAAAAGAAAUUGGUUGGCUUUUAUCUGUUACAGAUCACAUUGUUGAAUUUGUUCCUUGUAAACAAGUUUCAAAAGCUGGAACAAACAUGGAGGUUAUGGUAACAAAGCAGCGAUCUGAUCUUCAAAUGAACAUUCCAGCUCUACGGAAGCUAGAUGCAAUGCUUAUUGAUUGCUUAGAUGGCCUUAACGAUCAAAGUGAGUUCUCGUAUGUAUCAAAAGAUGAUGAAUCACAGGAAGAAAAAAACAGCAGGAAAGAUGACAAAUGGUGGAUACCUACUCCUAAGGUUCCUCCUAACGGCUUGUCUGAUCCAUUGCGGAAAUGGCUGCGAUUUCAGAAGGAUUCAGUAAACCAAGUUCAUAAAGCAUCCAUGGCGAUAAAUGCUCAAGUCUUGUCAGAAAUGGAGAUCCCAGAAAGUUAUAUAGAGUCCCUACCUAAGAAUGGGAGAGCAAGCCUAGGAGAUUCGAUCUACAAAAGCAUCACCGAUGAAUACUUUGAUCCAGAUUACUUCUUUACAACUAUGGACAUGUCUUCAGAACAUAAAAUUUUAGACCUCAAGGACAGGAUUGAGGCUUCUGUAGUUAUUUGGAAAAGAAAGAUGCAUGCUAAAGAUGGGAAAUCAUCGUGGGGUUCAACUAUUAGCUUUGAGAAGAGAGAAAUGUUUGAAGAAAGAGCAGAACUCAUCUUAUUAAUUCUUAAGCAGCGGUUCCCUGGAAUUCCUCAGUCAAAACUAGACAUUAGUAAAAUCCAAUACAACAAAGAUGUGGGACAAGCUAUAUUAGAAAGCUAUUCAAGAAUAAUAGAAAGCAGGGCAUUCACAAUCAUGUCACGAAUUGAAGACGUUCUCCAAGCAGAUGCUAUGGCGCAAAAUCCUUCCAAUGGAGAAGUAAAGAGACCAUUAUCAGAUAAAGAAGAAGAAGGGAAGCUUAACUCUGCAGAGAAUGGAGCUUCAAUGACACUUUUGGAUUUCAUCGGUUGGACACCUGAUCAAGAAGACAACAACCCAAAGAAAGAUUUGAAGGAGGACCCAACUUAUAAAGAUAUUAACGCGAAGAUUAAAUGCAGCCCUCCUAGCAUAGUCACCAACAAGAGGUUUUCUUACUUAGAGAACUUAGGUAUGUGCAGAAGUCCAACUGCACGUCACUAAUUGAUUGGCACUGCAGCAUUUUAGUUUACCUCACGAGGACUGCCAUCAGAAUUCACGGAAUUCUGGAAGCUCGUCCUCAAAUGUACAUAUUCAGAUGGAUCUCACCCAUAUAGGAUUCAACUAAGCCAUUCCUUUUGUAAGUAGGGAAAAUUUAGUAGACCUAUCGAGUCUGUGGCACUUCUUUUGAAGUGAUUUACUGUGUACAAGAUGUCACCUUGUUGAAAAAACAAAGUGAAUUUUUGAUUUUUUGCAAAUAGUACUAUGUUAUUUUGUAUG